UGUCCAACUAUCCCAUCAGAGGUUCAGUUUCAUUCGACCAAUCAGGUGUCUGAGCUGAUGUUUCUAUUUUGAUUGCAGGACUGAGACAUGAGGAUGACUCCAGACGCUGAGGAGGCUAUCAGGUGUACAGAGUCCGGCUGCCGCUGUGUUUGCUUCAAACCUGGAAGUGCCAAACUCAGGUCAUGUGAUCGUUGUGGACAUGGCUGGGUGGUGCACGCCUUGGAGAAGCUCCGGAGCCAGCCUUCCUCCAGCUUCGGCACAGUUGAGGUGGCCCUUCCUGGCGUGGUGUUCGACCUGAGCUCCCUGGUCCUGUACGGAGCUCAAGCCGUUCCUGUUCGGCUGAAGAUACUGAUGGACCGUCUCUACAGCAUCCUGACCCCAGAGCAGAUUACUUUUUGUCUUUUUCAGGUCAGCAACAUACUGCACACACUGGGCUGGAGUUUGGGAGAUUAUGUCAGAGGGUACAUGCUGCAGUAUCCCAUUGGGAAGGUGUUGGACUCCUGGAUGAUGGUGACUCCUGAAGAAGAGCUGCUCAUCCUCAAACAAUUCCUUCGUUUUGGCGAAACCCGCCCCAUCGUUGAGUUGAUGACGGUUCAGUGCCCGGGAGCUGUCAAUCGCCUCUCUGAUCCAGAGCUAAAGCCCGCCCCGAAGAGCUGCCAGUCAAACAUCAGCACAUUCAUCGAACGUAAUGGAGGAACACCGGUCAGGAACUCAAGAGGAGAUUCAUGCAUGGCGGCUGGCGUCUGCCAUUUUGAGAAAAGCAGUUUUUCUGAGUGCAAUGACGCUAUCCACCAUUUUGAAAACUUUCCGGGUGGACUAUCUUUGCUUCUGCCUUUCCAAUUUCCAAGCUCCGGCUUUCAGUGUUUGGUUCCUCCCACUAAGGAUCUUGUUUCUCCCACAAAGCUAACACAGUGCCUACAGAAGCCCAGUGGGACCAAACUGGCCGAAAGACACAGGCAGGACAGAGGAAGACGAUUACAAGUGAACCAUCCAAGUUUGCUGCAAUCCAAAGGUGAACCGGCUUUAAAAAUCAAAGUGGACCCCGACAAGCCGCACCCGGCCCAGUCAUUAUGGCAUCCAAACCCUCACAUGCACAGCCACCAAGACCUUGAGCUUCACAGGGGCAUGGCCAAACAAGAGAACACCUCUUCACUCUCUCCCAUCUUAAACUCUUCAUUUAUCCCUAUGUCUUCCUCACUCCAUCCAUCGAUUUCCUCCUCUUCCUCCUCUCCUCCAAAGAUUUACCAGAACAUGCAAGGCUCCUCUCCCUCCUCUUUUCAUCCUCUCCCAUCCUUCUCUUCCUCCUUUCUCUGCCCUCUUCCUGCCUCCGCCUUUUCUUCCUCCCUCCAUCCUAUUCCAUCCUCAUCUUCCUCCCUCCAUCCUCUCCCAUCUUCCCCGUGCUCCCUACCUUCUCCUGCAGGAUGCCGGAAAGGGAGAGUCUGCUGUGGCGUUUGUGGGAAAAGCUUCUAUGACAAAGGAACGCUGAAGAUCCACUACAACGCUGUCCACCUGAAAAUCAAACAUCGCUGCACGGUGGCAGGCUGCACCAUGGUCUUCAGCUCACUGCGAAGCCGAAACCGUCACAGCGCCAACCCAAACCCACGGCUACACACCGGCGCCAGCAGAGACGCAUAUACCCACAGAAACACACACUCUGACCCACACACAAGCAUCCACUCUGAAACACAGAUACACAAGGCUAAACAGGCUCACAAAAACGUACACAACACACGUAUGAGCAGCGAAAAAGACAUCGGCAACCAACUUUGGCAACAGGAUGAUGAUGCACACACACUAGAGCGCGUACACACCCUUAGAGAUGGUUUGAACUGUCAUACAAACCCCCACCAUGGCAGUGAGCACAACACACCCCCUCAGGCUGACUCCCCUCCUCCUUCUCCUCACCCUCUACCUCUGGACACCAACCACAGCUUCACCAGGAGUGACUCCCCCUAUAGAUCCGACCUGCACCCCCAGGUGCCACCUAAUCCUCCUCCUCCCCUCCUACCAGCUCACAGUGCUUCCUCCGUGGGCUCACCUCCAUCCCUCGUCCCCUUGUUCACUCCCGUGGCAGAGCAAACCGAACUCGACACCAACCACGCUGCAACUGCUCCCCUCCCUCACCACGCACCCGUCGCCGUGGCAAGCUGCAACAGUCAAUAUGGUUGCACCAAAGGUAAACGAGGAGAGCUAACCAAUCAGCAGCGGCAAAGGGAGUCAGGUGACCCCAUGCCGAAAAAGAAGCCCAGAAAGUCGAGCAUGCCGGUGAAAAUAGAAAGAAAGAAGCUGGAGGGGAGGAGACACAGGGAAGAGGAGGAGUGUUGAAGGUCUGCAGUGUUUUGUUGCUCAGCAGCAAAUUGUUAAAAAUUGUCCGACCAUUUCCGUAACUUUCUGAAACCCAUGAUCCAACACUCAAACCCACCCCACACAGGAAAGGAGCCAGGGAUUGAACUUCUCUCUUUAGCUCUCUUUUUUCAGCUCUUACACAACUAUUUCUGUCACUUCUCAUGUGAACGGUGGAGUUCAACACUAUGACCGUCUACCAGGAAAUACUGUCUGAAAAUGUGUGCUGUUCACCCCAUGCUCCAACAGCUAUUGCCUCACACCCUUCUCAAUGAUGGCUGGUUUUUCAGCCCACCUUCGAGUGUGGCUGUUUGGAACAACUAUAAACACUUUGUCUUCCAAAGCUGUCAAACAAUAUGUUCUACAAACUAAUUGUUUUCAGGCAUAACCCAGCACUUACGUGGUUAGAGGCCUGUCAGAUGUGGAGAUAAGCCCCUGCUGACUGCUACAGUUUCUCCUGGUAGUUCAGAGGGACAACUAAUGGGUUGCUCUUGAACUUCUUGAGGAUUCAGAGGUUGGGAAAUCUGUGCACGAACCUGGUAGACACAGAAGUGUAAUGGGAGCUUGUUGGGAACUCCUAGGCAGCAAUAGGGUCCUAGGACAUAGGGUGGGAAUAGACCCUGUUUCAAUCUCUGUCAUGGAAUCAACUGAAACAAACUUUCUCAUAGCAGGAGCUCAGGAGGCUGAUUGCAAACAAAAGCAAAUGCGGACAAAGCCAAUGUCAUUUUUUGACCUCAUUGUGGAGAUUUCACCGUACAAAAACUUGAAACAUACUGAGUUACUGGCCGCUAAACAUACCAGUCACAGUGAUGCAAUUCAAAUCUAAUUUUAGACAAGAUCACCUCCCCUUCCUCCAGGCACAGCUCGACAAGCUUUGGCCUAAAUGGCCACUAUAGAGAGGGUAAACCUUUCUGAUUUAGGUAACAACAUGACCUUUCUGAGAAACCAUUGCUUUUUCUAUGCCACGUUAAAUGUGUAUUUAACAGCAUGAUGCUCUGUGCAGGCGUUUCCCCCUGUGUUUAUUGUCUGUUAUUGCAAUAAUGA